GUCCCUCCCCUUCACGAACUCUCUUCUGUGGAAACGAAACUGAUCUGAUUCUCUCUGUCGUCUGUCUGUGUGAGAGUGAACAACCGUCAAAAUGGCUCAGCAGGGAGUUCUGCUGGACCAGGACCAGUUCUGUUGUUCUGUCUGUCUGGAUCUACUGAAGGAGCCGGUCACUACUGUCUGUGGACACAGUUACUGUAGGAGCUGUAUUGAGGGCUGCUGGGAUCAGGAUGUUCUGAAAGGGGUCUACAGCUGUCCUCAGUGCAGAGAGACCUUCACUCCAAGGCCUAAUCUGAGGAAAAAUAACAUGUUGGCUGAGGUGGUGGAGAAACUGAGGAAGACAGGACUCCAGGCUGCUCCCCCUCCUGCUCUGUGUUAUGCUGGACCUGGAGAUGUGGCGUGUGAUUUCUGCACUGGGACCAGAAAGCAGAAAGCCCUCAUGUCCUGUCUGGUGUGUAUGGCCUCUUACUGUGAGACUCACCUCCAACCUCACUAUGAAUCUCCUGCUUUGAAGAAGCACAAGCUGGUCAAAGCCACCGCACAACUACAGGAGAAGAUCUGCUCUCAUCAUGACAAACUGCUGGAGGUUUACUGUCGUACCGAUCAGCAGUGUAUCUGUUAUCUGUGUACAAUGGAUGAACAUAAAGGCCAUGAUACAGUGUCAGCUGCAGCAGAGAGGACUGAGAAACAGAGGCAGCUGGGGAUGAGUCAGCAGAAGGUCCAGCAGAGAUUCCAGGAGAGAGAGAAGGAGCUGAAGGAGCUCCAACAGGCUGUGGAGUCUUUCAAGCGCUCUGCACAGGCAGCAGUGGAGGACAGUGAUCAGAUCUUUACUGAGCUGAUCCGCUCCAUUGAGAGAAGGAGCUCUGAGGUGAAGGAGCUGAUCAGAGCCCAAGAGAAGGCUCAAGUGAGUCAAGCUGAAGGACUCCUGGAGCAACUGAAGCAGGAGAUAGCUGAGCUGAGGAAGAGAAGCACUGAGCUGGAGCAGCUCUCACACACAGAGGAUCACAUCCAUUUCCUCCAGAGUUAUCAGUCUCUCUCCAGUAUCAGUGUAUCUUCAGACUUACCCAGCAUCGUUGUCCGUCCUCUUCAGUACUUUGGAGAUGUGAGUAAGACUGUGUCUGAACUGAGAGAGAAACUAGAAGACUUCCUUAAAGGAGAAUGGACCAAGAUCUCC